AUGGAAGAUGAGAUGCGAGCAUUGGGCAUUGGAGAUGACGACAUUGCUAUGAUGAUGGUGACCAUCUACUGGGGGAUCAACACGAACACCCGUCAGGCUGCCUUCUGGCUCCUCACCUAUAUCCUCCAGUACGGCCCGCAUUACAUCGACCUCAUCCGCGAAGAAACGGCUCCCGCCUCUCCCUCUGGACCUAAAACCUCAAUCCAAGACCCGAAUCUCGCCCAUCUUCACGACAACUGCCCACUCCUCAAUGCAAUGUGGAACGAAACCAUCCGCCUUUCCGCCUACUCAGCCUCCGUCCGAUUCCUUUCGGCGGACACUGUGAUCGGCACCAAGAUCCUCCGCAAGGGCAACCGCCUCAUGAUCCCCUACCGGCCACUGCACUUCGACGCCUCCAUCUUCGGCGUCGAGUACCCGGUCACUGAAUUCCACCUGAAACGCUUCAUGGUCAAGCACGGGCAGACUCUGACCUACAGCGACAACUGGCGGCCGUUUGGUGGCGGGUCGACCAUGUGUCCCGGGAGGCAUGUGGCGAAGCGGUUCGUCAUGCUGUUCGUUUCGAUUCUGCUGCACAGGUUUGAUAUCGAGGCGGUAACAAAGAACGUUCCGGCGGCGGACGAAGGGAAGCCAGUCCUGGGGCUCAUGUCGGUGAAGGAGGGGGAGGAUCUACUUGUCAAGGUUUGGCCUAGAUCUUAGAGGAAAUGGCUGUGGAUCGUUCGUCAAUACGGCUCGGAAGCCGAUAAAGGGGCGCUGCUCUGCGCGAGUUGGGAGGAAGCUGGAGUCUUUCAUCUAGAACUCUGCAUAACAAGGAAAAAAA